AUACAAAAUUUACUCAAAAAAUUGCAAAAUUUAGAAAAAAAAACAUUUAUUUUUUUAAAAAUUUGCGUUAUUUAUCCUACAUUAUAUAUAUAUAGGUAUAUAUAUAAAAUGUAAAAAAUAUGUUUUUGAAUGGUUAAUGAGUGAUUAUUACAUUUUUUUAUAUGUAUAAAUGGGCAGGAAUAAAUUUUUAUUUUACUAAAAAUAAAAAAAUGCAUUAUUUUCAACAUUUUGCAAAACAAAACGGGAAUUAUUUAGCCAAUUGUCUCGUAAAAAAUAAAAAAGCGCUGAGUUUUUAUUACAUUAUUUAAUUCUUUAAAAAAAAAUAAAUUAAAAUUUUGGAUAUUCCAAAUAAGGAUAUACAUAUAUUUAUUGAAAAUUUUACCCAAAAUUUUUUCUAAAGUUUUAUAUCCCUUAUACAAUUUUAAUAGUAUUAACUAUAGCUUAAUAGUAAUACAUUAAAAAAAAAAACAAAUACCUAAUAAAAAUUCCUACUAAAAAGAAUUUAUAACAAUUUAUUACAUUAUUAAUAAAAUUAGGGAAAAUGAAAAAUUUCAAUAACGCUAGCAACAAUACUUGCCAGAGUGAAUGCUCUGCACAUUUAGAGAGCAGUUUCGUUUCUUCAUCUGUGGAUGACGCAAAGAAUACCAUGAAACGAAAGAGCAAAUUCUUCAGUUUUACCAAAAUUUGUACCUUUUCCCUUCUCGUGUUGAUGUCCCAAUGUUACGAAAAUGGCAACUCGAACAGUUCCGUUUGCACGUUCAACGGCCUUAACAAUGGUGCAGGCUUAAAGUCCCUCAGAAUGUUAGCAUCUGCAGAAGCUAAAGAUGACGAAUUUGAAAGUACAACCGUGGAAAAUGAAAACGAAGAGGAUGCUGAAGAGCAAAAGAAAAAGAAAGGUUGCCCAGGAAAGAAAAAUUGCAAGGCAUCAUUGCCAUACAGUAAUGCAGUUGACAAGACGUGCCAAACUAACUGUGGAGCCUGCACAUGUGGUUUUAAAACUUUAGAUUUAUAUUUUGAAAAGAAAUUAAUGGAUGUCCUAGAUGCAGGAAACAAGAAAGCUGAAGCGAUUGUAGAUGCUGGAGCUCAAGCUUUGAAUGGAUUAAAGAACUACCUUAAAUAUGUGCUUCUUUUCUCCCCACUUUUACUCGAAUUAUUAGCAAGCAAGCUUUUACUCUCAGGACAUUAUAAGUCAUCCCAAUUCGUGUCCAGUGUGUGUGUUACUUUUUACCUGUACGUAUUUUACAAAAUUGUACAGAAUUGCGCUUUGGAAAGAGAAGGCUAUUUAGCUUAUGAGGAUUACUCUCCACGUAAAGUUGCCUUCCGCAGCGGAUGCAGUGGCAGCAGCUGUGAAACCUUUUGCAGCAAGAGUGCCUGCCCUGGUAGCAGCUGUGAAAGCCCAUGCAACAAGAAGAGUGGUUCCAGCGAAAAAAAAGAAGAAUCAAAAUGCAAGAGUGGAAAGGCUAAGUCAAAAAGUGCUUAAGAGGUAGAUCUCUCCCCGUGGUUCCGUAAGUGUUAAGUAGAAGCAACAUGCAAAGGUGUAAAGAUGCAUACAUGCAUACAUGCGCGUAGACAUUUUCAGGCGAAAGAGCGAGGAUGGCUGCACACGCGCAGUUGAUUAACCUGUGUAUUUAUAUAUGUACCUAUGUAUAUAUUAUAUAUUAUGCCUAUUGUGCAUUGUGCGUAUUAUAUAUUGUGCGUAAUAUAUAUAUCUCCACACCUUUUGGUCCCCCUUUUUACCUAAAGUUUUCAAAGCAAUAUAAUAUUCUGCCACGAAAUGUGUGGACAUGCUAUGUAUUUAAUUCUAUGCAAGUAUUUAAACUAUAAUAGCUGUGUAUUUUAUUUAUAUUUUUUUUUUUUUUUUUUUAUGAAAUAUACACAUUUUUACAAGAUAUAUAUGCAUGAUGCUUCAAAUGUAUAUUCUUUAAAAAGCUAAGCUUGCAACAUGGAUAAUAAUAUAGGUAUUCACGGCACAUAGUAUUAUAUUGAAUAUUGAUUACUAUAUAUGUGUACAUGCAAAUUACGUUUUGAAUGAUUAAGUUGUAUUUACAUUUCACCAUUUUAUGACACUUACUGGAACCGACGAACUGCCAUGAAAAACAGACGCUUAAUCUAAUUAUGCCAAGUCGUGAUUU